AGUUGGAGGAUUUCCCAAUGCCAUUCCUCAUUGUAAUUAUCUACACCUUGUCCUGAUAAACGUACCAGGAAAUCACUUGAAGCAUGUUAGUUCUUCUGCAAUCUUCCUGCCAGGAGCAAUGUCGUCGGCAACCCGGCUCCAAGCAACCGUUCUUGAAUGCCUGUCUGAAGCACAAUCGGGCUCUCCGGUAGAUCAGCAGAAAGCUCUCCAGACUCUGGCUUCCAUCACCAAAAUAUGGAAACCAUCCGUAAGUCACCUUAAUUCCUUUCUUCUCGCCCCAAGCUCCCCCGAAACGAGCAAGUUAGGUUCUUCCCUUGUAUGCAGCCUGGCAAUGCUUGACAAAAACAAGGCCAAAUUCGGGAUCGCGGGCACGGUGCAGCUGAUAGUAAAGGCAGUAUCUGUAUCCCGCAGUCCAGCUGCUCAUCACCUCCUUCCACUUGCCGAGCUUGUGCAGUUCCAUGGAAACUGCACCUUGGCUGUCCCGUCAGGAGCAGUCCCUGUCUCACUCCACGUGGUGGAGAGUACCGAUGGAGAAGAUCUGGCCGGAACUUGCCUGACCAUUCUGGGCUUGCUUUCCAGGUUUGAUGAAGGACUGAAGUCUCUGAUGAAAACUGACUAGAUUGUUGUUGCCUUGAUGGUGGACGUAUUGAAGAGGAGAUGCAUGUUGAGUAAAGAAUAAGGUGCGACGGAGAUUCUCCUCAGGCUCUUUGAUGAAAGUGAGGGCUGUCUCAGGGAUGCUCUAAGUCUACGGAAUUCUCAACCCUGCUGGCUGAUCUUUCCGUCAAAGGAUCCGCUAGAGCUCGAGAGAAGGCUGCUCAGAUAAUGAAGAAAAUCUUGGAGG